CAACUCUUAAUCCUAACCCUAUAGUAAGUACAUGUAGUUACUAUAUAUUACUCAGUACUUAAAUGCAUAAUUACUGUGUAACAAAGACACCUUAAAAAUAAAUUGUAACCAAAAAAAGUCUCACAUUAUGCGAUGUUUUGCUUGGGCUUAAUAGUUGGAUAGCUCCUUAUACAGAAGUUUGUGCUCAUAAAAAGGACACUUUUUAUGGAAACUUGCCAGAUUUGUUCAUAAGUAUCUGUUAAAAGGUCACUGUGUAUAAUCAUAGUAUGCUAUUGUAGUUUCUUACUUUAUAUGUCACUGAAGUUACUGAGGAAUCUCCAGUAAGGAAACAACUGUAAGAAUAAAGAAAAAAAAACACUACAGAUUUUAUUGAAAUUAGACAUUGGAUGAUGUAAGAAUUGAACAGAUUGAUAACUGGACAGUGUCUGUGUUGAUAAAUGAAAGAAGGAUACUGCCUAGCAACAUUUGAUAUUUAUAUCUGGAGUAUCUGAUUGGAGAGUCAUCUUAAACUUUCACCCGACAGGAACAUAAAACACUGACAGCUUUCAGCUAGGAUUCAGUGUGAGUGAAAAUGCCACUGCUAAAACACUUGAGUUGUUUUCUCAUUUUGACACUGCCUGUAUUCACAAGAGCAGAAAGUGCUAGUGGAUAUUUCGCAAGAUUCUUACGAUGCAUCUACAGCUCCCCUGAUCUCAGUGACAUGGUGUAUAUUGACAGCUUUUAUAUAAAUAAAUUUAUGUUUAUACAGUUCAACAGCACUGUGGGGAGGUUUGUGGGAUUUAGUAAUUGGGCAAUUGGACUUGCAGAGUCUUGGAACAAAGCUAGUUUUCUGAUAACAGAAAGAGCUGGUGUUGAUAUAUACUGCAGAAAUCCUAUGAAAAACAUUGAUACACCUGACCGUAAUAAAACAGUGAAACCGAAGGUUAUGCUCAGUUUAGUGAAGCAGGCCGGUGGCAAACAUCCAGCUGUGUUGAUGUGCAGCGCAUAUGAAUUUUAUCCUGCACACAUCAAAGUGUCUUGGUUGAGAGAUGGUAAACCGAUGACCUCUGAAGUGACCUCAACAAUGGAAAUGGCUGAUGGUGACUGGUAUUACCAGAUCCACUCUGAGCUGGAUUACACCCCCAAAUCUGGAGAGAAGAUCUCCUGUAUUGUUGAGCAUGGCAGCUUCACUAAACCCAUGAUUUAUGACUGGGAUCCAUCUCUCACUGAGUCUGAAAGGACCGAAAUUGCAAUCGGAGCUUCUGGUCUGAUGCUGGGAAUCAUCAUAGCAGCUGCUGGAUUGACUUACUACAAGAAGAAAUCAAUAGGGAGGAUCCUAGUACCCAAUUAAUGGUAGAUUUCUCAUCACAUUUUGAUAACUCACUUGUCAAACUCAGUCACUGUAUUAAUAAUAAUUAUAUUUCAGCUCUUCAUUCUGACUGCAAGUGGUCUAAUAAUAAAGAAUUUAUCCUUUAUGACACAACUGUUAUACACAAUCCUAAUUCCCACAAUACUUCAGCUAUUGCUUAAUUUUGAAAAUUAUAAGUAUAAAAGUAUAAGAUUGUAGGAUUAUUCCCGAACAAAGCUCACCAAAUUACCACAAACUCCACAUUCCAAAGAUCAAAGAGUCAACUCAUUCCCUUACUGAACCAUUUGUGAGCCAUAAAGUUGGACCUGGAAACUAAAAUGGCUGAUCGAAGAUGGCCCCUCAACGUCUGCUUAAUUACAAAUGCAUUUGAUUGUAGUAACAGAGCAAAAGAUCAAAGAGACUCUCUUUCGCUGUGUUGACUUUAAGAAAACAGAUGGAUCAGCAAACACCCAGGUGUAAAUUCACGGUUAUCAGGAAACUCGGCCCUGCGACACAUCUUGAGGUGAAGAUCACAGCAGGGCACCAUGGGAAUCACCCACAAGAAACUUUCCCUCUGCCCAGCUUUGCAUUUCAAAAGACAUUCCAAAGUUCAGAGACAAUUUAGAAAAAUACUGCCAGAGAUAUGAACUUAUCACCAAAAGCAGUCUCUAACAUAUCAUAUGUAUUAAGCGUGUCUUAUUUUGUUCAUGGAACGUAUGUAAUUCUUUCUGUGUGUUUUAAAUAUUGAUUACUGGUAAAUUUGAAGAAAAUCUACCUCAAUUACAGAAAGUGUGUACUGUUUGGUAUGGUUGUGAUGGAUGAAUGCUUUCCAGUAUUUUGAUGCAAAAUUGAUUUAUGUAAGAUGUAUGACUUUUGAACCAGCAAAAUUAACUUCUCAAAGUUCUGACCAAAAUCCCUAAGUUUGAGAACAAAGGACUGUAAGGACAGUAUGCUAAUUGUAUACAAGGACAGGAGAACUGGGCGUGGGACCCCGCCCAAAACAGGACCUGAUUGGCUAAAACAAUCGGAAAGGCGGAACCAACAAACCGUUCAAAACUCAAUACCGCGCAUUGUGAAAGGGCUUGCUUGCUUUUUGCUUUCUGCUUUUGCUUUCGGCUUUUGCACUUCGUCUUGGCAUUCGCUGAGGCGGCGGACCGAACAUCGUCCUGCCUGCAAGCCAAACCAUUUCAAGACUCACUCAAACCCCUGCAAGAAACUCCAUUUUCUGCAAAGCCAACUUCUUCCCCACGGACGUCGUCCUUCAGAACUCUUGACCGAGCCACGCGCUUCCUUCAACUCCGUCACGAAGGGAACACGCGCUUAAAGGAGCAGCCAACGCAAGUAACACAGGUCUCCCAAUUUUGCUGAGCUGGUGCAAUUUUAUUAAGCAAAUUAAACUAUGGUUGAAUUGCUAGUGUAUUAAUUCUCUCAGGUUACGGUCAGAGAAACUUGUUAAAAGCUAAACAACUGGGGAAUCCAUUCACCUCCAAACAAUAACCUUACCAUUUCCCUGUAACUGAAUGAAUGUGUGUGUGUGUGUGUGUGUGUGAGAGUAUAUGUUUUCCGUUAGAUUAGUUUGUGUGUAGUAGAUUUAGUUCAAUAAAGUCUUGUUUGAUUUUCCAUACA